CCGGCCCCAGCGAGAGCGCGAACGCGUGGAAGCCGGCCAGAGACUGUGGAGACGUCGGGGUGCGAGGCCAGGCUGAGGGUGUCCCCAGGGAUCCCCGGAGGGUACAGGGAAUUCAGCCAGGGCCUGCGCGCCGGGACGGAGGACUGGAGGGGGCCAAGGACCACCGGGAAGGGGAAGGAAAAGGCGCAGCCCGAGGCCGAGGACGAUGAUCCCGCCGGGGGAGUGCACGUACGCGGGCCGGAAGCGGAGGAGGCCCCUGCAGAAACAGAGGCCCGCCGUGGGGGCAGAGAAGUCCAACCCCUCCAAGCGGCACCGGGACCGCCUCAACGCCGAGUUGGACCACCUGGCCAGCCUGCUGCCGUUCCCACCUGACAUCAUCUCCAAGCUGGACAAGCUUUCUGUCCUGCGUCUCAGUGUCAGUUACCUCCGGGUGAAGAGCUUCUUCCAAGUCGUGCAGGAGCAGAGCUCACGGCAGCCGGCGGCCGGUGUCCCCUCGCCCAGAGACAGCCGUCCUCUUGCAGGGUCUGCCGUGCUGGAGGGAAGGCUGCUGCUGGAGUCUCUUAAUGGCUUUGCUCUGGUCGUGAGUGCAGAAGGGACGAUAUUUUAUGCGUCAGCAACGAUCGUGGACUAUCUGGGCUUCCAUCAGACAGACGUCAUGCACCAGAACAUCUACGACUACAUCCACGUGGACGACCGCCAGGACUUCUGCCGGCAGCUCCACUGGGCCAUGGACCCUCCCCAGGUGGUGUUUGGGCAGCCCCCGCCCUUGGAGACAGGAGAUGACGCCAUCCUGGGGAGGCUUCUCAGGGCCCAGGAGUGGGGAGCAGGCGCGCCCACCGAGUACUCAGCCUUCCUGACCCGCUGCUUCAUCUGCCGUGUGCGCUGCCUGCUGGACAGCACCUCGGGCUUCCUGACGAUGCAGUUUCAAGGAAAACUGAAAUUCCUGUUUGGACAGAAGAAGAAGGCACCGUCGGGAGCCGUGCUCCCCCCGCGACUGUCGCUGUUCUGCAUCGUGGCGCCCGUUCUCCUCCCCUCCACAGCGGAGAUGAAAAUGAGGAGUGCACUUCUGAGGGCAAAGCCCAGGGCAGACACCGUGGCCACCACGGAUGCAAAAGUAAAAGCCACCACCAGUCUGUGUGAAUCGGAACCGCGUGGAAAACCCAAUUACUCAGCAGGAAGGAGCAGCAGAGAAAGCGGCGUUUUGGUGCUCAGGGAACAGACUGACGCUGGCCGAUGGGCACAGGUUCCCACCAGGGCUCCGUGCCUGUGCCUCCGGGGCGGCCCCGACCUUGUCCUCGACCCCAAGGGGUGCUCAGGGGACAGGGAGGAGGAGCAGCACAAGAUGCUGAGCAGGGCCUCCGGAGUGACAGGGCACAGGGAGACUCCAGGACCCACGAAGCCCCUGCCUUGGACAGCGGGAAGGCACGGUGAAGAUGGUGCCAGGCCGAGGCUGCAGCCCAGCAAGAGUGACCCACCCUGCCUGCGCCCCACGCCCCGCGGCUCCUGCCUGCCCUACUCGUGUGUCCAGGGCACUUUCAGGAACUCACCCAUCUCUCACCCGCUGAGCCCAUCCCCCAGUGCCUACUCCAGCCGGACCAGCAGACCUGUGCGGGAUGUCGGUGAGGACCAGGUGCACCCUCCCCUCUGCCACUUUCCCCAGGGGAGCCUGCAGCACCGGCUCCCUCAGCCUGGAGCUCAGCGUUUUGCCACGAGGGGCUAUCCCAUGGAGGACGUGAAGCUGCAGGGUGUGCCGAUGCCUCCGGGGGACCUGUGCGGUCCGACGCUGCUGCUAGAUGUGCCCAUCAAGAUGGAGAAGGACUCUGGGUCUGAGGAUGCUGCAGACGGCUGUGUGCCCAGCCAGGGGUGGCUGGGGGCCAGUGACAGGAGCCAUCCAGCCACCUUCCCUACCAGGAUGCACCUGAAAACAGAGCCAGACUCUCAGCAACAGGUGUACAUCUCGCACCUGGGGCACGGCGUGCGGGGGACUCAGCCUCAUGGCAGGGCCACUGUUGGGCGCAGCAGGGAGCUGACCCCUUUCCACCCUGCACACUGUGCCUGCCUGGAGCCCAUGCACGGCCUUGCCCAGCCAGAGCCUCCCCACCAGCUCUGUGCACGGGGCCGAGGUGAACAGUCCUGCGCCUGCAGAGCUGCUGAGGCCGCCCCUGUGGUCAAGCGGGAGCCCCUGGACUCGCCCCCGUGGGCUACUCACAGCCAGGGAGCGGUGCCUGGGAUGUUUCCCAAAAGUGCCUUGGCAACGCUGGUCCCGCCCCAAGCUUCGGAGUGUACGUUCCUCCCGUAGCACAGUGACCACCGCCCAGGCCCAGAUCCGUCCGUCUACGCUCAGAUGCGUCAGUGGCUGGGCUGCCCUGCGCCUGGUCAGGCCAGAGCCCAUCCUAAGACGUGCUUUGCAGAGCUGUGCAUGCACACUCUGCUAGUCUGUGUGUGCAGGAUUUGCAGUAGCGUAUCCUGAGUUUUGUAAAAUAUCCCAAUAGUUCUUAAAUGCAAACUGGCCAUAAAUCUGUUCAAGCAUGACAGUAUUUCUCUUUGAGAAAUUAAAAUCUUUAGGAAAGUGAUCACGGCUGGACAGCAUCAUCCCGUCCCACGGCCGCCAAGUCCACAGUCGGGAUGAAGCGGUUGGUGACCUACCUAGCUCAGCCCUCCCAGGCCACCUGCAGCUCCCGGCCUGUGCUGUGCAGGCAGAGUCAGCCCAUCGCCACAGUGUGCUGCAGAGGCCAGCACACUGCAAAUUAGAAAUACAACUCGCAGAGAAAGGAUCUGUGAGCCCACUCAUGGAGGAAUCUAGAAAGUUCCAGGCAGCAGAGGCUGGUAGCGUGGGUCCCACACUGUGUGGCACCAUGACAGAGUGUGAGGCCAGACCUGGACUGGAAAUUGACAGGAUAGCCCCUGUUCCUUCUGGACAUCUCCCGAGUUCUCAGUGGGUCUCCGCAGACAGUUCUUACUAAUCCGCCUCUUGGUGCAUCACGUAAUGCAGAGUUCACAGACUCCGGGUUUGGAAGUACAGAGAAACACAAUGUAGAGAGAAGACACAGGAAACUGUGCUGUCUGUGGGGUUUCUCUCUGGCUGGCUGUCUCUACGGUUCACUCAAAUGAGGGUUCCCAUUGCCAUCCUAGGAGAAUAAUUAGGGACAAGACGGACAAGUAUUAACAGCAUUAAAACAGUGGUAAAGGCGAUAUAUUCUGAGAGGAGGAAAUUUGGAUACAAAAGCGUAAGUCAGAAAGUGAAGGUCACCAAAGCCACCAACCCGGGUAACUUACAGCUGCUGGUGCAGUUCAGGCUUCUUCCCUGGUGUGGCCUGGAACCCCACCCGGCUGGUGCAGGCAUCAGAUCAGGGUGUAGAAGUCACCGCCGGGCAGUGAGGCCCACCUGUGUGGGGGCGGGAAGGCCCCUCUCCUCAGGGACAGGGCAUCAGUGCCCUGACGUCAGCUCCACUGGGAGUGGCAGGAGCCAUGGGAGCCGGCGGAUAAGGGACCCACUACCCCAUCGCACUGUGCAUUCUGCCUCCCGUGUGGACUCCUGCUAUGUUGUCGGCGGCUUUGGGGGAUCAGUGCUUACUUAGUCCCUGGUUUAAUGCUGAAGCCAUUUGAUAAAUGCACCUUCAGUUUGUCAAAACCCAGGUUUGGUUGGCAGGACUGGGUCUUCUGCCCAUCGCCAAGUGCCUGCACCUCUCAGUGGCCUGGUUCUUGGACAGUUUGCCCCCAUGUGGCAGGGAUAGGGAUAAGGAUCUCCUCUCAGAACUGAAAGAGAACAGCCAACCACCUGAGCCCAGAGUCCCAGAUCCAUGGUGGCCUCCUGUGACCCCCAAGCCCUGCCGAGGGGACACUCACUGACUGCUUAGCCAGGGGGCGCCUUUCAAAGCUGCCCUCCGUGCUGUGCUGUCGUGGGUGCGAGACGUGCUCAUGGCUUUCCACCACCGUCUCUCCCUUAUCUGAUGCCUAACUCAUGAUGGGACAGAGCUACCCAGCGGCCAGCCAUGGGUGACCAGCCACUUAAGGGUCAGUCACCUGUGGAGAGCAGGCACCUGUGAGGACCAGGCACCUGAGGACUGGCCCCUACUUCCCACUUUGGCCCUACGCUAGCACAGAGUCCCUCUUUAUUCAUUUCUCAUGCUGAGCAUUGCACACCUCUGGCCUCGGGGCGUUUAUGGAUUUAAGACCAGGAUGGUAUUUCAGAAGUUUCCCACUUCCUUCCUAUUCUAACCAAGUGCCCAGCUCCUUUGCUGAUCAUAGAAACACCCUUAAUAAUGAGACCUGCAGGCCAGGCGCAGUGGCUCAUGCCUGUAAUCCCAGCGCUUUGGGAGGUCAGGGUGGGAGGAUUGCUUAAGCCCAGGAGUUCAAGACCAGCCCAGGCAACAUAGCAAGAACAUGUCUCUACAAAAAAGAAUUAAAAAUCAGAUCUGCUGUAUCCCUGAAAAAGUCUCAAUCAACAUGCAUGUUCCACUCUUGGAGUUCCCUGUCCUGAGGGCCAGCCACGUCCUGUGUCCUGGAACUCAGCCCUCAGCAGCUCCCUUCAGCCUGGGUGCUGCCUGGGUCCCAAACGUGGCAGCUGCUCUUCCAGUCUCAGGGCCGAGGAGGGCAGGGAGCUCAGUGACUGAGAGUCUUGUGUAUCACAGGUCUUCAGUGUCUUGGAGCCAACGGCUGUCACUGGGAAAAACACCAGGCCCCAAAGAUCGAAUCAGAGACGUGGCUGUGUGUUUGCCGAUUAUAGCCGGGCCCUUCAGUGCCAUCAAAGGAGCACCGGGGCCUCCUUAAGCACAGACGGCAGCCCCUGCCCAGGAGGCUCCUUCACCACGUCCUGCCCUGCAGCCUCCCAGACCUUUAGACGCGCCCCCACCCAAGGCCCUCCUGGUGCCAGGUGCCAGAUUGAAUGGUGGGUUGCUGCCGGGCAAGCCAUGCCGUGCUGAUGCUGCACUCAGCACAUGGGUGUCGACUCUGCCGGUUUUGUGGUGUGGGGACCCCACAUGAGGCUGCGGCCCUGAGAGCCUGGGGUCAGCGAGGUGUCCAACGUCCCUUCCCUGGUGGCAAGAAAAACUCCCCAAGUCAGCACUUUCGUUAUUUUAUAGCCACAACCCUCUUGGAAAACAGUGGGGAAGACGAUGGAACAUAGAAGGUGUGGACGUGUCACUUCUCUCUAAAAUGUCAUUGUUAGCACUAAUUACAGGUUCAUGUUUUUCUGUUUAUGUAGCUUUUCCCUAUAUAGCUGAAAAAGUAUUAAAGUCAAAUAUGAGGUGGGCAUGGGAUGGAAGGAAGAUCAAUACAACUUAUAUUUUUGCAGUUUCUACUGGAAGAAAAAAGUUUUCAAUACCUAGACCAACUUGUUGAAUUUUUAAAACCUAUGCACUAUAAAUGCAACUCCCUACUGCUUUCUCAGUGCCUUUAGGAAGCUUUCAAAUAUUUUUUAUACUGUGGUUUGUAUUAAAUUUGCAAUAUUGAUGUAAAGUACAUGACAUGCUAGUACAUGUUUAGCAAAAAUU